AUGUCUUCUACGGAGAAUUUGCGCGGCAACGACGGCGACGGAGAAGGGAACAACAGCCCCAGCCUCAACAGCAUCAAGUCGUUCGUCUCGUCGUUGAAGCGCGCAGCCACAAACGACAGCAAGAAGAGCGACGCGUCGACAGACUCGUCAAGGUACUACGACCCGCAAAACAUCCCCGCCGAUCCCCUCCCGGACGACCGCAGCGCCAUCGAAGGCCUGCUCAACCAACAGCUCAGCGCGCUGGACCACCUGCGCCGCACGGUGGUGGCCCGCAACCAAGAGAUCAAGGACUACUGCUCGCGCGCGGCGUACUACUACAACAUGAAACCGCGCGUCUCGCCGUCGUUCCUGCGCCAGCUCGACACCGAGAUCUACAUCAUCCGCCAGCAGCGCAACGGGCUGCAAGCGCUGGUGGAGAUGCGCCACAAUGAGAUCGUGCGCAUGGCCGAGCACCGCAAGAAGCUGGACGCGGACCAGGGGAUGGAUUGCACCGUCUACGACAUGUACCUCAACUUCCGCCGCAUCGGCGAGUGGGAGCAGCUGUUCUCCAUCUAA